UGUGGAUGAAUUAAGAGUGUGUUUCCCAGCUUAACUUUACUUUAGGUAGAGUGCCAAACCCAAAAAUGUCAAGUAACUCAAGAAAAGCCCAAUACAAAAGUGGUGCAUUGAUUUUGUGUAUUAGCUUUUCUCAUGUUUCAGUAAGCCACAUAAUAUAAUUGCAAAUAUGAAGUCAUUUGGUGCAUUUUUUAAUUUUAUUUUUGGAUGUGCUACCUCAUUACUCUUUUUUUUUAGGUACUUCAGCUUUCUGAAGCAAACUGACAAUGUCUGGUACCCCUCCAAACUAGUUAGGCCCCCAAAUCUGCAAGCUCUUCCAAAACAUUAGCUGUUAGCACUCAUCAGCGUAUGUGCACAAACCUAAUGGGCACAAAUAUAAAGCAGAAUCUCUAUAUUAUUGUAAAUGUGUUUAAAUUAAUCUCCUUAGCCCUGAGGGCUAAGAAGUACCAUUUUCAUUUCCCAAGAAGAUUAUUUUUAAAUUGUAGAUUACACUUGCUGUGUGUACAUGAAUGUGGAAAGUGGUAAAGACCCAUACAAAGGUCAUGCUCUCCAAUGGUUUCUCUAUUCACUCCAUCUGAUUUCUUCUGACCCUAUGAAAUGAUUCAGGAUCAGCUUAUCUGACCAGACCCAACAUCUAUUCUGAAAAAAGUUUCAAAUGAUUCUGGGUCAGGUCAGUCUUAUCUAUGGCCCCAUUAUCCACAUUAUGCACGGAAUAUUUUGCACUUAGAAAUCCUGCCCCUUUCAUCACGGUAAUUCAAUUACUGUUAAACACUGACAGCAAAUUAAGCUUCCUGAAAUCUAAACAGACAAUCCAAUUCCACCAUCUCUAAUAUAGGCCAACUGCAGGCAGCAAAUCCCAAAGAGAUUGCCUCUCAGCUCCCUAUGCUGUGAUUGGUCACUGCUGACCUGUAAGUGCAAGCAGGAGGACAUCUGCUUUUCACCCUGCCCCGUCGCCUGCGUUCUGGCGUGCCAGCACACUUGAUCAGGCGCCCUGUUACACAGCUGGCAUAAAUCACUGCUACAUUCAGCGAUCUGGCUCAUUCCCCUUGCUCUGCAAGCCACAGCUCACUCUGAAGCAUGCGCGUUCUACUGGAGAGCAGCUGGAUGAAGUUUGGUCCGGCUGGUAGGGGUACCUAUGACUGGGUGACAGGGGCACCACCUCCUUCCGUGGAGAAACAAUUGCAAGGUUACCACUGGAAUGAGCUAUCCCCCGAUGAGGGAACCAAGUCUGAGAUAAUUGCCUAUAUCAUCCUCCCUACUGCCUCACUCCUCUUUAUUGGCUUCUUGGCCUUCCUAGCCUACAGGAAGUUCUCUCACAGUAAGCUGGCCCUGGCAAAUGUCAUUGCACUGGAUAUGAAUGAUGCAGAGGGCAAUGCUGAGUUUCUGUCUUCUCUGAACUGCGACGCUGAGCAGUUCUCCCGCUCCAGCUCGGACACGUCGGACGGCGUCUUCCUCAUGGUCUACCUACCGCCCCCAUAUGAGGAGACCCUCACUAAGAUCACUCGAGCUACCAGCUCCUCCAGCGCCAAGGACAUGGAGUCCAUGAAGAUGGAAGACCUGGAGGCCAGGCUGUGUCCAGAGACCAAUUCAAGUGGCUGCUACGUGUAACAAUGACAAGUCAGGGUGUGGAGGGAUAGUUUCUACCUACAACUAAAUAUUUAAUCAGACAGAGGAAAAUGUGGCAGCUAAAAUGGCUUUUGUGGAUCUGCAUAUUAAAUCAUCUACUCUUGCGGUUUCUUCUUCCAGGGUGCUUACUAGACACCUGUUGCAUUUUGUGGAACAGACAGUGCUUGGUGACUGUAAAGCGACACUCCCAUUAAUCAUGUGUUUGUUGCCAUGCCUUGUACAGGAUCUGGCCACCUAUGGCAUCAAUCCACUCACAUGUAUAGUGUUGAUAUGUUUUCAUUGGUCUUUCUUGAUAAAAUCACUGUGUUCAUCUUAGUAGCACUGGCACAUGGUUUUGAGACAGGUCUCAUGAAGAGUAUCAAGAGGAAGAGCAAUUUUUUUCCAGUGUAUCAGUGCUUUAUUUUCUUUGGUUUCCAGUUGUGUAGAAAUAUAGGGUAUUAACCCUGUUGAACCCAGCCACACAUAAAAGAAAGGAAAUAGCUCAAAAAUAACAUGUUGGUUUAAGGAUUUAUUUUAAUUUGGCCUUAUAAUUCAUCCAGGUGUAAACAAAAACUUGCUAAAAAACAGCAUAUAUUGUAUAUUCAAAGAUUUGUUUUUUGCAGGAUUAAAAUAGACUUUUUAUAAUAUGCUUCAAUCCAUUUUGACAAAAUAUAUUGUAUAAAUUUGUUUUUUUUUUGUGACAUUUCUUAUAAUAAAGAAUUUCAAAGACACCUGUCAUUUUGAUUUUUAAAAGUCCACUUGAUUGUGAUUUCUGGGAGAGCUCGAACUGCACACAGUGGGACAAUAAGCAAUCAAUGAUUAUAGCUACUUAAAAUCAGUACAUGUUUUGAUCUAUCUUAUCUUCUUAAGGCAAAGAUGAGUUUCUGAGCUUAUUUCUGCCUUUUGAAGGUCUGGAUAGAUAAAUGGAAAACAGCAUAACCACUGGUAGUUUUUAAGAAAAGAAUCAAUAAACAGAAGUGACAUGAGAUUUUUAGACCAUUUAUACAUGACAGAGUUCUCCCAGCUUCUACUGCCACAUAACCUGACUGCCUACUUUCCUGAUCCAUCCCAUGUAGUGAUCUUCCAAUUCAAGCUGUCGGCUAUCAGCCUUUGUUAAAUUCCUCCCUCUUUACUACCGCCUACACCAUU